CCGACUCUUGCGCUGUGGCGUACUACAUUCACCACGAUAUCGAAGUGCAGACGUUGGAUUUUCUAGGGAUAAUAGUGCCUGGAUCGAGCGAACCAAACCUACGAUCACUGCCAAAUCACAUCCAGCAUAUCUGAUAGCGCGAACUCGUGCACUGCCAAGACAACAUGAACGAGGAGUACCGUGUCAUGCGAGUGCCGUUUGGGCUAAGACGGUUGUGGGAUCAGUUGGCCGAAGAGCCAUCUCUCGCAAGCGCUGUUGAAAGCCUUGAAAUUCAGCGGGACGACGGGCUGCGGUAUGCAAAACGUGACUCUGUUCAAGUACCUCGAGAUUAUAUGGAAGAGGCGAAAGAUUUGCUGCAAGACUACCAUAUUAUCUCAGACGCGAAUGCAGUCCCGCACUUACGAGACAUAGAAAAGUCACUUAUCCGCGCUAUACGACAUAUGUCCAAUCUGAAGAGGUUCAAGUGGGAUCAUGUAGCGCCUUUUAUCGAUGCACGAUAUGACAUCGAUUUUUCUGGAGACUUGUGGACUGCGCUGCGGUCUCGAGAGACGCUUCGUGAACUUGAAGUCAUGGUCGAGGCUAGCGAUCCGGGUGGCCAAGGUGGUGGCAUUGAAAGCGAGUUUGGGGAGAAAAGGCACAUGCGUGUUCAUGACUCUCAGAUAAUCACACUCGGGCAAUUGACAGUGUUCAAAUACAAGGCAUUCGGCUUUGUUAAACUAUCUGAGAGUGUCUCUACAGACGCACUGACCGAAAUGCUCGUCCAUCGUUUCCCUAAUCUCCAGGAGCUCAAACUCAAACUUGCUCUCCAUGACAAUCAGAAGAACGUGUCUCGUUUCACCAGCACCAGUUUGAACACGCUUCUUACAUUUGGAAACUGGCCUCAAUUAACAUCGCUCUCUCUCGAUGGUGCUCACAUGAAACCAGAUGCCUUGGGGAACUUCCUAACGCGACACAAGUCCCUGCGUUCCUUCCGCAUCACGGGUUCACACUUUCUGAAGAUGGAGGACUUCCCUCCCGGGGAAGAUGUCGCUGUCGUGGAUAAACCAAUCUUCGUCAUGGAUGCAUUCUCUGAAUUGACUCUCUUAGACGUGCCUUUAUACUCUAUCCCUUGGAUCUUAUCAUCACCGCACACUAAGCCCCUCGCACUGGAGGACAUUGGAUCUCUGGAUGAAGCACAUAUGAAUGAGGAUAUGUUCAUGAUGCUUAGAGAGCUGCCUCGUCUACGCACCGUGCGAACAGUGUCGUACGGAGCCGAUCACCUAAGGGCACUUUCAUGUUAUGUCCCUGGUCUCCAAAACAUUUACGGAGAAUACAAUCAACGCUCUCUGGCGCGCGUUGUGGACGCUCUCGCUUUGUUCCCUCAGCUCGAAGUCGUUGACCGCUUCUAUGCUUACUCGCCAGUGUCAUCAGAUGACGAGGAAGCCCCCCGUUUGCUUUCCCAGCUUGGGAAGGAGUGUUUUAGAUUACGUCAAUUCCAUGGUUACGAUAUUGUCAGGACCGGCGAUGGCGAGGUGGUGGCACGAAAGGUCAGAGGGUAUACAUACUGAGAAUGAUAACCCAGCUUCCGCAUGUUGCACUCUACUCUCACCAACUGGAUUGUAUCUGCGAAAUGCCAAUAGAUACGAGCUUAAAUUGGGAGGAAACGCAGAGGAUCGCAGAGCAGCUGCUCACCCCCGAUAGUCCGCCAAUGAAUGUCUCACAUGUAAUCAGCAGGUCAACAACUGC